AUGGCUGGAGUAACGGCCCAAAAUGUUCCGUUGCUGAAUCCGGAUUCAGAUUCCGACAGUGAUGUAGAUGUUGAAGCUAGGCUUCCAACGUAUGCCCAAACAGAAACUGGAGCUGGGUUUAAGUUUAUGCUUGGAAACAAUGGUCAACCAAGGGAUGGAAAAGAAGCUGUGGCUCUGUCUGAUGUGCAUAUUAGAAUAGGUAAUAUUCAGGGUUCUUUAUGAUUUCUGGUUCUAGGUUUCUUGAGGAAGGUUCUGGGAAUACUCAGCUUUCAAUUUGUGGUUACCGUGAUUCUGUGUGGAGCUGUUUACUUGACUCCGACUGUUCGUGGCUUCGUACAACAUCAGUAA